AUGACUUCAAAUAUAGCGGAGAGCAUAAAUGGUAAAUUGAAGCUAGCACGUGAGUUACCUAUAAUAGAAUUUUUAGAGCAGGCUAGGAAAUUGUUUGAAAAGUGGAAUUGCAAGAAUAGAGAAAGAGCAUCGUAUGCAAACACAUCACUUGGUAGUAGAUUUGAAGGAAUUCUUCAGCUAAAUACUUCAAAAUCUACAAGGCUUAAGGUUAGUGCGUCAUCAACAUAUGUAUAUUCUGUUUAUGAUGACGGGAGAAAGUACAUAGUAUGUCUUGAUAGGAGGACUUGCUCUUAUGGUAGAUUCCCAUUGGACGAGAUAGUAUGUGAACACGCGAUUGCAGUACUAAAAAGCAUGCAUGUAGUUGAUAUGAAGCCUUAUUGUUUAGACUUUUAUUAUCCUGAAACAUUAAGGAAGACGUAUGAAGAAUCUAUGUUUCCAAUGCCCGAUAAGAAGGACUGGAUUGUGCCAUAA